GGCUUCUGGACACGGCUCUGAUUCUUCAACCUUUAGGAAAUGCAUUUGCCACGGAGAAGGCGGCUACAACGGAGCCGAAUCUUCUUCUUGCUCGCCGUAGUGUUGGUCCUCUCUGUCUAUCAGCUCCAGUUCAGCCCCUCUGCCCUUCCAGCGCCACACACAGCACCCCAACCCGCAGACCCCAUCAAGGCGACCUCCAGGGACCUCUCCAGCAACAAGACUGCCCUCACAGGCAAUGCCACAGCAGCACCCAAAAUAAAGCACUGUGUCUACGUGGACCCCGAGCCAACCGCGCCCGUCACGACACCGGUGGACACAACACCACGGCGAGGCAACGACAGUGAAAGCUACCCAGGGGAAAAGCCACCACCUGAGUCCAAAGGAGAAUACCCCCAGGACCUAUUCAGUGUGGAAGAACGCAGGCAAGGGUGGGUUGUACUUCACAUCUUUGGCAUGAUAUAUGUAUUUGUGGCCUUGGCCAUAGUGUGUGAUGAGUAUUUUGUCCCUGCUUUGGGAGUGAUCACAGAGAAGUUGCAGAUCUCUGAAGAUGUGGCUGGAGCCACCUUCAUGGCAGCGGGUGGAUCAGCACCAGAACUCUUCACCUCCCUCAUAGGUGUCUUCAUCUCACACAGCAAUGUGGGCAUCGGUACCAUUGUGGGCUCAGCGGUGUUUAAUAUCCUCUUUGUCAUUGGCACCUGUGCCCUCUUCUCCAGGGAGAUACUCCACCUGACAUGGUGGCCCUUAUUUAGAGACAUCUCAUUCUACAUUGUAGACUUACUGAUGCUCAUCCUGUUUUUCCUAGACAGUGUCAUUGAUUGGUGGGAAAGUCUCCUUUUACUGACUGCCUAUGCCACAUACGUAUUCGCUAUGAAACAGAACGUGCACCUGGAACAAUGGGUGAAGCAGGAGCUGAACAAGAAGCUAAAUGCUGUGCAGGCAGCAUCAGCAGAGCACAUGAGGAAGAAGAGCAGUGGGGCAGUCGCAGAGGACGGAGCAAAGGCGGCGGCGGACGGGAAGAGGCUCCAGCCUGCAGCAGCCCUACAGCGGGGCAGCAGCUCAGCCUCCCUCCACAACUCCCAGAUGCGCAGCACCAUCUUCCAGCUCAUGAUCCACACCCUGGAUCCCCUGACAGAAGCAAAAUUCAAAGACAGGGUCGACAUGCUCAGCAACAUAGCCAAGGCCAAAGGCGAGACACCAGCUGGACACGGAUCAAAACCAGGAGCAGAAGAGGAAAAGAAGGCGCCAAGCACCGUUCAGGUAACUCCUGCCACUGACUCUGAACCCAGCAAAGCCAAACAGAAGGCAGAUGCACCCCAAGAUGGACAGCCCUCUUCAGACAGCGAGACCUCAGAAGACAGCAGCUCUACGAGCGAGGAAGACAGUGAUGAUGACAGCACUGACGAUGAUGAAAACGACGAGCCCUUAUCUCUUGAAUGGCCAGAAACGAGGAGAAAACAAGCAAUUUACCUUUUCCUCUUCCCCAUUGUCUUCCCUCUCUGGAGCACUCUGCCCGACGUUAGAAACCCAGAUUCCAAAAAAUUCUUUGUCAUCACUUUUUUCGGCUCCAUCAUCUGGAUUGCUGCGUUCUCCUACCUCAUGGUGUGGUGGGCUCAUCAGGUUGGUGAAACGAUUGGGAUAUCGGAGGAGAUUAUGGGGUUAACCAUCCUGGCAGCAGGAACAUCAAUCCCUGACCUCAUCACCAGUGUCAUCGUUGCACGGAAAGGCUUGGGCGACAUGGCUGUCUCCAGCUCUGUAGGCAGCAAUAUCUUUGAUAUCACAGUUGGUUUGCCAGUUCCUUGGUUCCUCUAUUCUAUCUUCAACGAACUCAGCUCAGUGGCAGUCAGCAGCAAUGGUUUGUUCUGUGCCAUUGUUCUCCUUUUCCUCAUGCUCCUGUUUGUGAUCAUCUCAAUCGCUGUGUGCAGGUGGAGGAUGAACAAGCUGCUGGGGCUCACCAUGUUUGCUCUUUACUUUGUGUUUUUGAUCAUCAGCGUGAUGUUAGAAGACAAGAUCAUAUCCUGCCCAGUAUCAGUAUGACAGUGGGACAGUUCCAGAUGGAUCUACACAUACAGCAACGUCAAAAGGGGUUUAAGGUAGCAAUUGUUCCACUGAAAAAAAGCAACCAGAAUUGUAACAAACUUACUGAGAAUAAAGUAUCUUUAACAUACUAAAAAGAAAUAAAUCUCAAGUGGUACGUUGGCCUCUACUACUUUUCCUUAGGA